CUCAAAUGCCAUAUCCUCUUCUUCUUCUUAUUCUUUGAGUGCCUCUCUUUGUUUUCCCAUUUUCUUUUUAAACAUAUUCUCCACCUUGUUUCGGUGUUCCUCCCGUUUUCCCGGGAUCACUUCGUUCUGAAGCUACAAUAACUACUUCACUUCCUUCAUAAUUUAUAUCAUUUUCCUCGUAUCUGAAGCAUUGUUAAACUGUUUUUCUUUCCUUUAGAUAGGAAGAGGGACCAAUUUUUAUUCAGUGCCCAUCUUCCUAUAAAAACUCUUCCACUUUUGCUUCUAGUUUUCUACUAAGGAGCACUUGAAAGGUUUUCCGAAAAUCAUGGAGGGAAUGCAAGAUGGUGCUGAUAUUGGAUCCUCUUUAUCAAAGCUCAUACUAUCAAGUGGGACAAACACCUUGGACUCAAUUUUCUCUCAUUAUCCACCAACGAAUGGCACUACUACUAACACAAACCCUGUGUCUGAUUACUUGGAGCCAUUUGGGUCUUUGGGGUUUGAGCCUUUGGGAUCCUCUGUGUACCUCCGCCAAAGAGACAUCUUGCAAAAAUUCUACCACGAAAGCCGAGGGAAUGGGUCUUUUGUUCCCUCUUCCUUGGCAAAUCCAUCUCUGAGCUCUGCAUACGCGAGUUCUUUCAUGAAUCCUUGCAAGAAAAAUCUGUACAGGGGAGUGAGACAGAGGCACUGGGGGAAAUGGGUCGCUGAGAUUAGACUCCCUCAGAAUAGAAUGAGAGUCUGGUUGGGCACUUAUGACACUGCCGAAGCUGCUGCUUAUGCCUAUGAUCGUGCAGCUUAUAAGCUCCGUGGAGAAUAUGCACGUUUGAAUUUCCCAAAUCUAAAGGACCCAAGCAAGUUAGGAUUCGGAGAUUCCGCGAGAUUGAAUGCUCUGAAGAGCUCCGUGGAUGCCAAAAUUCAAGCUAUAUGUCAAAAGGUGAAGAAAAGAGAGAAAGCCAAAAAGAAUGCUGCAAAGAAGCUUAAUUCAGGUAAUGACAAAAACCGCGGACAGGGUGAGAAAUCACACAAGAUUAACUCAUCUUCCUGUUCUUCUUCCUCGCUAAUGUUGUCACCGUCAAAUUCAAAUUUUUGUGAUAAUUGGGCGAACGAUUUGUUUUCACCAACUGUUUCGGAGGAUGAAAUUUGGAAAGGGGAGAACUCCCCGGCCUCUGUUUUGACAGAAUGUCCAACAAUGGUAACAGAGGAAUCAGAGUUCGAUGAAUGUUCCUUGGCAAGGAUGCCAUCCUUCGAUCCCGAGUUGAUUUGGGAUGUUCUGGCCAUUUAGAAGAUAAACUCUUCCUUUGAUUAGUAGUAGUUACUUUUCAGCCAGCGCUGUACUGUAAAUGAAAAUUAUAGUCUUGAUUAUGGUCUCAUUGGGUAUGGUAUGGUAUGGUAUGUAUGUAUGCCUUCUUAGCUGUGUAGGUCUUGUUUGUGGGAAUGGUGAGAGAUCCUUUAGCAUCUUAAGUAGGAUUGUUAUGGCUGUCAAUUCGGCCUUGAUUUUUUACUCAGGGCUUCUGGAGUUUUUCCUGACAGUUGUUGUCAUACGGAGUUCUCUGUCAAUUAUGAAUUUUGCCUAUUGAUAGCAUCUUGUGUCUACAACUGUGUUCUUCUUCA